GUCUGAAACUGCACUUCAAAACACUAUGCCAGAGAUGAUCCCGAACAAGUUGCCUGUCGGUGCAAGCUUCAAAAAGGAUACUUAAAUGGCCAUCCCCAUUUGUACUGGGAACCAGAAGAGGAAAAUAAAUCAGUUGAAGAAUCUUAGGAGCCAAAUCUUCUAAGCCUGGGCCUAUUGCUGUCAACAUCUCUGAGACCUCCUUCAUCUGAGAAUUACCAGGUCUGACAAUACUUUCCCUCCAGUCUCCAGUGAGGGACAUCAACAAAGCUGUAGAAACUCACAUCCUUCUAGACUUACAAACGUCAAGCUGUACAGCUGGGCAGGAACCUUACAAUCUCCAUCCUUGGGGAAGAUUCAAGAAGAAAGCCAAGAGGGGUGAAAGGUCAGAUAUGCUCAGCUUGAAAUAUACAAAAGCCUUUAGAAAGUCUCUUUACAGAAGAGCCCAGUUGAAUACACAGAACUAGUCCACACAUCCAGACGAGCUGUAGGGAAAAGGGAGCCCUUUCUCCCUCUACCAGAACAUAGUAAAAUCUGAUAUAAUACUCUAGGAGAUUCUUGGCCCCCCAUCACAGUAUUAUAAAGCAAUUUCACCAUAUUUAUUUUAAUCAGAAUAAGGGUAGGGGUGUGAAAAAUAAAGUUCUAUUUCUUUACUUUUCAAAAUUGACUAAGAAGCUCUGAUAAAACCUUUUGGAGGUGUGCUUGCUGUGCUGGAAGACAGAGAGGGCGUGGCUAUUGCCAAAUUAGAACAUCGCCGUUUUCUUGUUUGUGCACUACUGACAUAGCUCUGAAAGUGAUUGGUAUCAGAUUGUUAGAACACCCACAAUAGAUUCAGAGACAGUCUAAGAGACCGUGGAAUGCCUCAAGGGAAAUAGAAAUCAUUAGCAACAGGCACUGAUUCAAGUCUUGAGUGAUGACAGAGGUACAUUUUAAAUUCCAUGGAAAUCUCACUGGGCGGGCCCAUUUUCCCACUCUGGCAACAGAGGUUGACACCACUUCAGACAAGUAUUCCAACCUGUACAUGUAUGUGGGUUUAUUUCUGAGCCUCCUGGCCAUUCUCCUCAUUCUGCUCUUCACAAUGCUCCUUCGGCUCAAGCAUGUCAUCUCACCUAUCACCACUGAGAGCACAGAAAGUGUCCCUCAGUUCACAGAUGUAGAGAUGCAAAGUCGAAUCCCCACUCCUUAAAGCCAGGAUGAAAGCGAGCUUUCAUGGAUCUCAGUGAACCCUGGUAUGUGGAUAUCCAGGAAAGCUUGCUUUCUUGCAUGAAGCUUCCCAUGUAGGGAAUCAACAAGUUGUUCAUUUAACAUGCUAUUCAUGUUUUGUGCUAUAAUUCAUCUUGAAUCUGCUUGUGAGAUACCUAAGAGGUUAAAGGCUCAUUCUUUGAAAGGAAUAUAGGAAAUGGCAGCUGGUUGGGAGGGCAUGUUCCCAUAGUAACCAAAGAGAGCCUGGGCCUUGAACAAACCUCAAACCACAAAAAUUCAUAUGCAGUGGUUGUAAGAAACACAGAAUACCUGGAAACUCCAAAAGUGAGGCAGAUUUGCCUUCAAAAAGGCUGAUUAU